AUGUCAUCUUCUUUGGAGGACGACAAUACUACGUCCUAUUUAGAUAGUGCACAUGAUGAAGUGGAUGGCUCAGGUGGUGAUCAGCUGUUGAUGUACAUUGAUCCAUCACAUGUAACCAGUGGCUCACACACCGAUCAUUCAUCAUAUACAUCAUAUGCAAUCAAUCAACAACAUCAACAACAACUUCAACAUCAACAGCAACAACAACAUCUUCAACAACAUCAACAACAACAACAUAUGAGACCAACUCAAGUCUACAACAAUGACCUUCAACAACAGCAACAGCAACAACAGCAACACUAUGGUGUAGCAAUUGAUCAUAAUCAACAUAUUACAUUGGAUAUGACUGAUGAUGUCCAUUCGUCGACUGACUACCUGACCAAUGGCACGGCAUUGCAUCACCAGCCAUUCCAUCUGCAGGUGCAGCACAGUGGCAUCAACGAUCUGCAAGAGAGCACGGGCACACUGCUCAGCACCAUGUCCAAUCAGCUGAGCGAGAUUAUUAGGACCAACCCACAGGUGGACGAUGGCGGCGCAUCCAACGAUGGAGACGACGGCGUCAUGCAGUCGCUGCCACCGACCCCGCCACCCCUGCCCACGCACUUGCUCACAAAGAUCAACUUCCUGCCCGGCCAGAUAUCAACACAGCAGAUCAUUCAGCAGCAUCAGAACCUGCGACCGAUCACUGAGCGUGGCCAGGAGGACAAGAAAAAGGAGGCAUUAGCCUUCCUCAGCUUCUACUUCCGUGUCGUGCCCACGCUCAAGACACCCGUGAUCAGGCGCACGCUCGUCCUUGCGCUCUACACCAACAGGGUUGACCUGGACAAGCGAUACAAGCAACCCAAUGACAUGGCCAACCUCUGUGGUGCUGUAUACACAUUCAUCUACCAACAUCUUAACGAUGAUGCCAUUCGCGAAUAUAUCAGUCUGACAGAGAAUGAGCGACUGUCCUCCAAGGUAGACUCAAAGAAGAGGAAGAGGAAGAAGAACCAUGACAUCUCCAAUGGACAGGACGUUGGGCUACAAGAUGCAUUCCUCACAUGUAUCAAGUAUGCCACAUUGCUUCCAUUCCUUGAGUUUAUCAAUGUGGAUGAUUUGCCCAGUGGCGACAGCAACUACAUCACUCAGCAUCCUGAAUACAUGUACACAAUGGAUAACCUCUACAAAUGGGAGACUGAGCUGAAAGACCAAAAGUCCAAUCAGUCCAGGACAAGGACUGUCAUCAACUUGACAGAGAUAAGCAGCAACAAUGCUAUUGGAAGUUCAAGCAACAACACCAACUCCAACAACAACAACAACAACAACUUAACAUCUACAACAAACAACAGUAUCAACAACAACAAUACCAAUAACAGUAACAUUAAUAAUACCACCAACUCUAUGGGUAUCAACAUCAACUACUCCAACAACAUCAACAACUCAUUGAUGAUGACCAAUCUGAUGAAUCGAAUCAACCUCCCUGUAAAUGUAACGGAAACCAACGACAGCUAUAUAAUCUACGCCUUCAUACCCUUCUACAAGCCCAACGCGCUGCGCAUCACCGUCAACCAGAUGGACAUCACGCUGGAGGGCACCAUCUCGCUGCCCGACACCAUCCAGAUUCCGAACGGCACCGAGAUCCUGGUGCCCAACAUCGGCCUGCACGGCUGCACGCAGCAGGACAUCCAGGAGGGAAACUUUUACAAGGUGAUCAAGUUGUCAUCGCCCAUCGCCUCGUCCACCGUUGGCAAGCGAGACGGCGUCGUUGUAAUCAUAGCCAAGAAGGAGGAGGGUCAGACCACCAUCCACCAGCUCUAG